UAUUUUUUCCCCUCCCCUUCCGAUUUGCUGCUGCUGCUGCUGCUGCUCUCGCUGGUGGUGAUAGUGGCGGUGGUGGAUGCGUGCGUGCGAUGCCGGUUCAGCCGCAUCCUUGAGCAUCUCCCGGGAUCCCUGCAGAGCUUCUUUUCCGCUGUCACCACUUGAAUGAGAGCCGCUCCUACUGAGCACCGCAAGACCUUGUCCUCCGCUGAUAGAAGAUCUCAGCUGAGACCCUGCGGUGCCGAAUACGCAUGGAGGCUGAUUGGUGGAAGCUGUCUGUGUUUCUCUGAGGUCUCCGAUCGUCAUCCCAAACCAGCAUCUUCCGUCUGCAGCCCCGAAGGAGUGCCCUGACUUCACAACAGUGCAGAGGCCUUCUGUUCAAGGAGCCUGGAGCUGCAGCAAGAGAGAAAGCGAGAGAGGGAAGGGGAAAGAAAAUAAACACGGAUUUAAAUAGUCGCUCUCCAUGAAUUCCCCAAAAACCUGAAAGGCAAAUACUGCAAAGUUGGCCAGCUGUCCUGAGGAAGAGGCAUGUGGACAAAGAGCAUGGCUUGGCUCUGUCUCCCAGCCUACAUUGUCCUUCUUGUUGGUUGCUUUCACACAGCGGUUACAGAAAAUGAUGUCACUCCACGCCUCACCUUCUCCUACAAUGCGAAGGAGAGGACGACCAGAAGUUUCUCAGUCAGUGGGGUUUUCAACUACACCUCUCUCCUCCUCAGUAAUGAAGACAACAUGCUGUAUGUUGGCGCUCGGGAGACUCUCUUUGCUCUCAACCUCUCUGAUAUCAGCGCAGUCAGGCUGCAAAGAAAUCUCACAUGGAAAACUCCAGAGAGGAAGAGAGAGGAGUGCAGUUUCAAAGGGAAAGACCUGCAGACGGAUUGCUUCAACUACAUCAAGAUUUUACUCCGUAUGAACAGCACUCAUCUGUACGUAUGUGGAACGUACGCCUUCAGCCCCAUCUGUGCUUACAUAAACACCUCAGACUUCUCCCUUGUCAAGAGUGAGACCGGUGAGAUUGUUACAGAGGAUGGACGGAGUCGUUGCCCAUUCAACCCUGAAUACAAGUCCACCGCCAUCAUGGCUGAUGGAGAGCUGUACGCCGGUACAGUCAGUAAUUUCCAAGGAAAUGAACCCAUCAUUUACAAGAGUCUAAGCCAAGGAACUGCACUAAAAACAGAAAACUCACUCAACUGGCUUCAAGAUCCAGCCUUUGUUGGCUCUGCCUACAUACAGGAGAGUCUGCCCAAGGGUAACCUAGUGGGCGAUGAUGAUAAGAUUUACUUCUUCUUCAGUGAAGCAGGGAAGGAGUUUGAUUUCUUUGACAACACCAUUGUGUCACGCAUUGCUCGCGUGUGCAAGGGUGACAUCGGAGGUGAGAGAGUGUUGCAGAAGAAAUGGACAACUUUCCUGAAGGCUCAACUCUUGUGCUCGCUUCCUGAUGAUGGCUUCCCCUUCAACAUAAUCCAAGACAUGUUUGUGCUCACACCCAGCCCAGAGGACUGGAAGAACACUGUGUUUUAUGGAGUGUUCACCUCGCAGUGGUACAAGGGAGCAUCAGGAAGCUCUGCGGUGUGUUCCUUCACUAUGGACCAGGUGGAAAAAGCGUUCAAUGGGCGAUACCGAGAGGUCAACCGUGAGACUCAACAGUGGUACACGUACAACCAUCCGGUCCCAGAGCCUCGGCCUGGAGCGUGUAUCACAAACGCUGCCAGGGAAGAGGGCAUCUCCUCCUCGCUGCACAUGCCAGACAAGGUGCUGAAUUUUGUCAAAGACCACUUCCUGAUGGACAGCGUGAUCCGCAGCCAGCCUCUUCUCCUGAAACGUAAUGUUCGCUACACGCAGAUUGCUGUCCAUCGGGUCUCGGCGGCUAAAAAGGCCUAUAAUGUGCUCUUCAUUGGCACAGAUGACGGGAGACUUCAUAAAGCCAUUAAUGUCAACAACAAGAUGCACAUCAUUGAGGAGAUGGUGCUCUUCCACGACACCCAACCAGUGCAACACAUUGAGCUGGACACUGAAAAGGGUCGGCUUUAUGUUUCCUCCUUCUCUGAACUGGUGGAGGUCCCAGUAGCUAACUGCACUAAUUAUCAGAGCUGUGGGGAGUGCAUCCUUUCCAGAGAUCCUUACUGUGGCUGGAACGGGAGGCAGUGUGUAGAUGUCAGGCGUUCUCCACCGAGCAAUGCCUGGCAGCAGGAUGUAGAUGAAGCAGACACAUCAUCUAUUUGCAACAAGACUGUACCAAGCCCACGGUUUGCUAAACCUCCUUAUACACGAAUGUCGUCGUGUCAGGUGAUCAUUAUCCCAGCCAACACGUUCAAAGUGCUGCCUUGCAAGCUGCGUUCUAAUUUGGCAGAGAGGAGGUGGGAGUUCAGUGAGAGCGCCGGUCACUUCCAUUACCCCAGCCCAGAAGGAGGACUGGUGGUGGUGGCUCAAGCUGACAAGCAAGAAACCUACGAGUGCUGGUCGGUGGAGGAAGGCUUCAAGCAGCUGCUGGCUAACUACUGCGUGAGGGGCGAGGCCAAGCAGGAGAGCACCACCCUCACAGGCCGCUCACGCACACCUCUGAUCCCCCAGGAGGAAUUUAUCAUCCUGCCAGGGGAGACCCGCUCGCCGCAGAUCAACACUAAGACCUACUGGAACGAGCUGAUCGUGGUGUGCGCUCUUCUGGCGUUUUCCCUCGUGGUCUUCUCCCUGUUUGUGGUCUACCGGAACCGUGACCACAUGAAGUCCAUGCUGAAGGAGGGAGAGUGCCCAAACAUGCAGCAGAAGAAGCCCAGAAUAGUGGGGAAACCGGCUGAGAACUUGCCGCUAAAUGGCAACACAGUCACAGCGUCGGUGUCAGAUCACAAGGGGUACCAGACCCUUAAUGACAACUACAUCUGCAGCACUCCUCCUCACGAGUGCUCGUCGCCCGACAACAGCAAGAGCUUCUCAGAGUCGGAGAAGAGGCCUCUGAACUUGAGAGAGAGUCAUGUAGAGAUUUCUCCCACAUGCCCACGGCCUAGAGUCAGACUGGGCUCCGAGAUUAAAGACUCGAUAGUGUGAGGCUGGCUUCAUCUUAAAUGGAGAGACUCAAUUUGAAAUCAAAGGAAGGAGUGCACUUGUUGAGAAAGACAAAACAUUAUAAGAGGGAAAAGCAGCACUCUCGCCGAGAGACAUUUCAUUUCACAGAUUUUGCACUUUGUCUUUUCUUUUUAUGUUUUAGUUCUGUGUCUGUGGUCCAUGUGCAUUCAUUCUAUUUUCCCCUCACUCCUUUAUUCAAGUGCAUUUGAAGCACACUGAAGAAGUUCCAGUUUGCCUUCAGACUUUUGACGCUUUCACACACAGCUCAUGGGAAUGUAAUGAGCAUAGAGGUGGCACCACAACUAUGAUUCAGCGAUCGAACUUCAGAGCAUUGCCUCUCAGUCCGUCCAUAUAACAUACUGGUGAUGCUCUGAGUAAACACGUUGCCAUACUCGGCUGAUACAGUGUUUGCUGUUUUAUUUUCAUCCUGUCAUCUGGUAAGAGUCUACCCUUCGCUGAGGCUAUGCACUAUGUACUGUACUGUAGCAAGGUAAACACUAACACCACAAUAUACACGAACAAGUCAGUGACAGCCAAGAAACAAAAAAAAGUCACAGUUUCUUCGAUUCACACAAGUAUAUUCAUGAUUUUAAAUAUAGCAAGGCAAGAUGAAUUCAGAUAAACGGUUGAAAAGCUUGAUUCAGAAGAGAUAAUGAUCUAUAACGUGAUGGAAAACACAACUAGAAUCACCUCAGUGUGAAUGUUGCAGAAACUCUCACCACCUCAAUCACUACAUACCAAGGAAAGAAAAAGAAUAUGGAUGCAGACACAAAUAUUCUUUUUAAGUGUUGACAUCGUUACUGGGUAUAAAUAUUUCUCUGAGGAGCCCUGACCCCGAACCGUCAGAGUUUUCUGACGUGAUAAAGGAGGGAGAAGCUCAUUCCAGGUAUUAUCAUGCUGUUCUUCAUGAGAUAGGCAGCCUAUGCAAAGCAAAUAAUGUGAAGUGAGGUAAACACCGAGAAAAACCUCACCUUGAGACUGAGUAAGCACAAAGGUGUUGGCGCUGUUAAUUGCUUUAGGAUCUGUGGCACUGCAAACACAUACACGCCUACACACACUCACUCAUUACACUAACCGUAUGUAUGCAAGAGAUUCUUAGCCAUUUUUUUGGUGCGAUUUAAAGGAAGGAAGAUGAUGAAACUCUGAAAGGCUGGCAUAAUGAAAACAGAUGAUAAGAGACGAGGGUCCAGCGUGGUGAUGUAAAUCUGUGGCAGUUGAUUUAUUGCAGCAAAAAGUUAUAAAUAUUUAUUAUGAUUAUGUGGCCAAAUGUUUACUUUACAGAGAGGCAUUUCUCACAGUCGUACUUUAACAUGUUGAAUAUCGAUCACACUUCUCAAAAGAAAAAAAAAUCAUAAAUAUUUAAAUACUACACCUAUUCAUAAUCCAAUUUAAAUAACACACAUCUGUAUAGCCUCACCUUUGAUAUAAAUAUUAACUGAUGAGUGUUGAUGAAUAGAAGAAAAUAGCUUCUGCUUGCUUAAAUGGUUUUAGAGGCAACCAUAAAAGCAAUAACUUUCAUUCUCAUCCAGUAAUAAACAACCGAGUUCAUCUCCUUAUGCAGAAAUAAUUCUAAAAUCACCAAAUUUAUGAGUCAGAUGAUAGCGUAACUUGAAAGCAUUUUUCACGUCAUACUAUAUUCUUUAAGUCUUACUUGAGUUCGGCUCUAGUAUUGCGAUGCGGCCAGUAAAAUUAUUCACUACGUAAAGGGAAGGCAUGCAACUUGACUCAGAAUGCGUGGGAUUUGCACAUGAUGUUAAAAAGCCUUACUACAUUGCAGGUUUAUGGAUUACAAACCUGCCUUGGGGAGAAAAUGGAUAAUGCCUUCUGAAACAAUAAUCAAGAGACGUGCCUCUUGGGAUGAUAAACUAACCAGGUAGUAGUGCUGUAGAGUCAAAUGCUACACUGUAGGUGUGACAGGACUGGCCAUGCUUAGAAAAAAGUGACAACCGUAUUACAUCUAACUUAAUAGUGUUAAUGUUGUACAAUAUGCGCCCAUGAGGUGUUUUUUUUUAAGUUUAUUUUUUAUUAGGGUGGCUUAAACCUCAGUCAGGGACUAAAUUUUAUUCUUCAACUGUAGUACAUAAAUAACCACUGGUUGAUUUUUUUUGAAACAGAAUUUUU